CCGCCUGACUCGCUACUGUUUACAAAUCAGCAGACAGUCCGAGCACAGCAGAAUGAGGAGUCCUGCGUGACCUGAACAGAGUCAUUCUUUUCUUCUGAGUCUUGGCGGCGAAGAAUCAAGAGGCUGUGACAAUCCGGCUGGGUCGCGGCCAUGCAGCACCCCAAUUUCGAGACCCGCCACCCGCUCCAGACAGACGAGCUGCAGGAGACGGGCUUCGACCCGCUCAAUAAUUUCAACAAGAACCGCAGCAGAGGCUCUCUUGACAGCAGCACUUACUCACAGUCUCAGUCAACCUUCCUCUCGUACAGGAAAGAAUGGGACGACCUGUUCCUCAACAGUAAUUACCUGGCCAGGAUCCGGCAGGCAGGCAUCAAUGGUCGACUGAGGAGCAGCCGCUUUCGGAGCGUGUGCUGGAAGUUGUACCUUGAGGCUCUUCCAGAAGACAAGGGUCAGUGGAUCAACAAGACCAAGGAGCACCGGGCCCAGUAUGAGCAGAUCAAAGACACGCACAUCACGAACCCUCGCAAAGCUGCAGGCCAGCACGACCUGGUUGUCAACAACCCGCUGUCACAGGAUGAGGGGGUGAGUGUGUGUUUGUGUGUGACUCCAUGUCUCCCUCUCGUUGUUACUCAGUUGCUUUAUAUUUGCAUGCAAAAUGUGGCCCUAAUGCAUUCCCUCCAGACUGUUGCAAUAAUUAUAAACUAUUUCAGUUGUUCAUUAAUACUACGUGAUGAUCUACUGCUCCAGGGUAAGGACGAGAUGCUGACCAGCAUCCCCUUCGCACGGCCCCAGGACUGUGGCCCGUCUGUGGCCAUAGUGACCAAAGUCAACCGCAUCCAGGACCAGCUGGUGAAGAAGAACGACAUUGAACUGCACAUGCACCUCAACCGGCUGGAGAUUGCCCCGCAAAUUUACGGCAUCCGGUGGGUUCGUCUGUUGUUCGGCCGUGAGUUCCCGCUCCAGGACCUGCUGGUGAUGUGGGACGCCCUCUUUGCUGACAGCAUCACUCUGGACCUGGUCGACUACAUCUUCGUGGCUAUGCUGCUCUACAUCCGAGACGCUCUCAUUGCUAGUAACUUCCAGACCUGCCUGGGCCUGCUAAUGCACUACCCUCCAUUAGGAGACAUCAACUCCCUGCUGCAAAAGGCUCUAUUCCUCCGAGAUCCCAAAAACUAUCCACGACCGGUUAACUACCAGUUCCAGCAGAACCUGGAUUACUACAAAACCAGGGGAGCUGACCUGAUGAACAAGACACGCUCUGGUCCCAGUACAAAAACGGCCCCGCUCAACAUCAACAAGGUCUCCAACAGCCUGCUGAGCUUCGGCAGGAAGCUCAUCGCUCCGGCAAUAUCGGGCGGGUCCGGCGGCAUCUCACCAAUCAACAGCGAGGUACAUUCCUCCUCUUCCUCCUCGUCAACGUCCCCCGCGUCGGCACCAGCACCUGCCCCCGCCCAGUCUCAACCGCUGGCCGAGCCCCCAUCAAGCCAAGCCCCACCGCAGACCCAGAGCCACGCCCAGACUCAGCACUACCGCCUGCUCAAGUCCGAGAGCAUGCCUGUCCACCUCAGCAAAGGCCAAAGCUCCAGGACAGUUAGCUCCUCUCCCAGCAUAGAAAGCCUCUCCGGUGUGCGGCCUCAAUCCUCUGCCUCCCCGCCUCUUCCCCCCUCCAGAGGGAGUGAUGUCAGCACUUCAUCUCCGCCCCUCUCGGCCACCAAGAAAGAGUCGUUCUUCAACAUCACUCGCUCUCGCUCCCACAGCAAGUCCAUGGGCAAGAAAGAGUCGGAGGAGGACCUGGAAGCCCAGGUAUCCUUCCUGCAGGGCCAGAUCAACGAUUUGGAGGCCAUGAGCAAAUUCUGUGCCAAGAUGAUGAACACUCACAUCUGUAAUAUCCAAGAAGUGAUUCUCCAAGAACACCUGGAGAAGGAGGACGAGGUCCUGGUGUCACUGGCCGGACUCAAACAGAUCAAAGACAUCCUUAAGGGAGCGCUUCGCUUCAACCAAAGCCAGCUGGAGGCCGAGAACGAGGAGAUCUCCAUCGCUGACGACCACUACACCGUCACAGCAGCCGCUGAAACGGCUCUGAGAGCCAAAAAUCUCCACGGUGGCCACCACCACCACCAACAAGGAAACAGCAGGCCGAGCCGGGUCUCUGAUCUGGACGGGGGGGCCGUGAGCACGGAAGAGAAGGAAGAGGAGGAGCCGGCGAUGGCCCCACCUGAGCGACAGGUGGCGUCUUGCCUCGGCUCCGAGGGUAAGAACUGGGACGACUACAUCCUCGUGUGCCAGGACGGAGACCCGGCUGCUGCUGCUGCUGCUGCUGCCGACGGAGGAGGAAAGGCUGCAGCCGAGCGCACCCCUCCGAUCAGGCGAGGGCGCGGCCUGGUGCGAAUGGAGCCCGAGGGUGCGGCCGGGACCUUCCAUGACCCCCUGAUGGCCGGCAUCACCUCGGGCUCCUCCAGCCCAGACGAGGGCUCCACCAACAGCAAGGACUCUGACUUCACCAUUGUCAACCCGAACGACCUGUGAACGAGCCAAUCCCUCUGCUCCUCUUACACCUGUGUCAUAUCCCAUUCACAGGAUGUGGUGUUUAAAAAAAAAACUGACAUGGGAUAAGAGGGUGGGAUCUGCAGUUUUUGGGGGAGCACUGCCGGAGCUGCUGUCGGCUAAAAAAAAUUGCACAUUUGUACUGUGACACUUCCAGUCGUAAAUACCUUCUAGUCUGUCUCUUUACCUGUUAUCUGUGCCACUUCAGCCCCGUCUAAGCUGAUGCCAUCUUAUUUACCUAAUGCCUGUCUCCUCGGUAUGUUGGGUCCUGUCGCUCAUGAUAUUUAAUUGUAGCACCCUACUCUACCAGAGAGGGUGCCAUUGAACUGCUUACCCUGUCACUACAUGAUUACUCUGCUGGACCUCAAACUGCAAUUUCUAUACAGGGGAGGAGUCUCUCCUCUCGAGAUUACUGUAAAGAUUGGGAGUGUGAUCCUCUGAUUCUUCUGAAUGUGGAGUUCUGGCCAUACCUGUGUCUAUGUCCUUACAGAGAAAACUCUCUCCUCUGAUACUCAAAGGAAAGGAUGAUGUCCUCCUUAUCGAGGGCAGCCCCCCCCCCCCCCCCCCUGAACCAGUGCCUCUGACCAUUAUUCGUCUCUCAACCAAACAAAACCUAACUCUGUGAUCUUAUUCGUUUUGUUAGAUUUCUUAUGUUAUAUUUUUUU